AUGCGAGGAUUCCUAGUCAGACCGCGCCUUGCCAUCUUGGGAACUGAAAAGCCUACGAUUAUUGGAGGAGGUCAAAGCCUACUGUUGGAAUCAGCGAUGAUUCCGAAAAUGAUCAACAAAAGAAGAGAAACGGCUGGACCAGGAGUCGAACCUGGGUCGCUUCCAUUAAUCGGAAAAGCUUUGACCUCUCAGCUAUCCGGCCCCUGA